AUGGCGCAAAACGCCGUCAACGCGAAGCCACGGGAAGCGCGCGCGGCGCGUCGCGUCGAGGGCGAACAGGCUGAAGCACCCGUGGCGGAACCACCCCCACCAGAACCAACCCCGACCCCCCCGGCGCCAGCCCCAACUCCUCCAACUCCUGUACUUCCUUCAACGGAACCGGCACCAGUUUUUGUGCCGACACCGGUUGUUCCACCCGCACCUCCAGCCGAAGGUGUUCCAGCAGCUCCUGCUCCAACAGCCGAGGGUGUCCCGCCGGCGGACGGAGCUGCGCCAGCACCUGCUGAAGGCGCACCUGCAGCAGCCCCUGCGGAAGGCGCCGUACCUCCUACGGAAGGUGCCGCGCCACCGGCAGAAGGAGCUGCACCUGCGGAAGGAGCAGCCCCACCAGCGGAGGGUGUACCUGUUGAAGGAGCACCUCCAGCCGAAGGCUCUGCACUUACCGCUGCGCCUGCGGAAGGUGCACCCGCAGAGGGAGCACCUGCAGAAGGAGUACCCGCUGCACCUCCAGCUGAAGGUGCGACACCAGCAGCGGAAGGAGCUCCUGCGGUACCGCCGGCGGAAGGAGUUCCUCCGGUUGAAGGAGCUGCUCCUCCCGCGGUUCCAGCGGAAGGUGCACCGGCUGCACCAGCCGAAGGAGCCGUACCCACAGACGCGACACCCGCAGCUCCAGCGGAAGCUGCACCCGCGCCCGCGCCGGCCGAAACUAAUCUAGUUUUGAUAUUGCGAGUUACAAUCCGCAUCAGAGGCAGUCCCGUGCUAAAGAGCGCGAAAUACAUCAUGAACGCACCCGCAUCGUAACUGGAAGGGGGGACGAGGGGUCAUCUUGCCGCAACUCUUCUCUCGUUGACGUCAAACUUUGCGGAACAUCUACACGGCCAACGGUAAAGAUGCGAAUAUACGCGGAACCAGCGCCAUACCCGACGUCGCGGCUCGCGCUUUUCUCUCUCAUCAUCAUUAUCAUUACCAUUAUCGCCAGGAUCGUUACCGUCAUCUCCAUUGCCGCUGUCGCCGUCGCCGUCGCCGCCAUCGCCGCCGCCGCCGUCGUCGCCGUCGCCUCCAUCGCUCACGUCUUGCAUAUUCAUCACUCAUGCAUCACGAAAACUCGCACGUGCCGCACGAGGUUCAAAGGGAAAAAAAGAACAAAAAGAGAAGGAGAGAAAUGUAUGCACGAGAAAGGGUCGCGUGUCACGGACACGAUAUGUCUUGUGGUCGAGAAACGUUGGCUCGACGUAGAGCCAAUAUUUUUGCCUCACAUCCGUCGAUGAGAAACACGAAUCCGCGCGUCAUUAAAAUGCCCGGAAACGCGGGGGAAUGCUGUUUUUAUUCGACGAUGUCGCGAUUGCUAAUUAAGAUUAUAUCGAGCGUAUACAUACGCACAUUUCAUCACGUUCGCUCCGUGCAUCCGACAACUUUUCCACCGUGCGCAAUCAAACGGUUGCUACGGUUCGCGUUCUCAAACGGUGUACGAAUAACCAACUUCGCAUCGGAAUUCUGUAAAUAAUCCACGGCACGUAUCACAUCACAGCUCUCUUUGCGCGGACAUCGAUUCACUAUCGAAACAGCUUCUGUACACGAGAAAUUGGAUUUCGUAAUAAAAACUUUUCUUCGACUAUUGUUACUUCUCUCCGUUUAACAGGCACGUCCGCGCCGCCCCUCCAUCCCACCAUGAAAAGUUUAUCUCGUUCUUUAUUCGUAAUUAGCUUGUUACGUAAUCAAAA